AACAAAACCACUCAAUUUGGAAAUUUUGCUUCCAACAUUUACUAAAAGGAGAAAACGCUUAAACACUCACCUCGAACUCGAAGCACCACCACCACCACCAUGAUGGAAGAAGAAGUAGUAAUUGCGUCCUCCUCAAUCGACGGUGGCAUCGGUUGCUGGGACCUCCAAACCGGCGCUGAACACCUCCGCUAUAAAUCCUGCGCCUCUACCCCUCACGGCCUUACCUGUGUAGGCAACCGCUUCCUCGCCUCUUCCCAGCUACGCGAUCCCCAUGCAUCAUCUGGCUCCAUUCUCUAUUGGUCCUGGUCAAAGGCUCAAGUAGAGGUCAAGAGUUUUCCGGAGGAGCCAAUAAACCCGCUUGUUGCUAACAGCGAAGGCGCCUAUAUUGUUGGUGGAGGUUUGUCUGGGAAUAUUUACCUUUGGGAGGUUGCAACUGGUAGAUUGCUUAAGAAAUGGCGUGCUCAUUUAAGGGCAGUUACGUGCUUGGUGUUUACAGAGGAUGAUUCCUUUGUGAUUUCUGGAUCAGAGGAUGGAUCUGUUAAAGUUUGGUCACUUAUCAUGAUAUUUGAUGAUUAUCAAACAGAUCAGGCAAGCUAUCUCUUUGUGCACAGCUUUCAAGAGCACACUUUACGGGUAACUGAUAUAGUCACAGGUUAUGGAGGAGGCAAUGCAAUUAUAAUUUCAGCUUCCCAGGAUCGAACUUGUAAGGUGUGGAGCUUAUCUAAGGGGAUAUUAUUAAGAAAUGUUGUAUUUCCCUCAGUAAUUGAUGCAAUUGCUUUAGACCCUGGUGAACAUGUCUUCUAUGCUGGCAGUAGAGAUGGAAAGAUAUACAUUGCUGCACUAAAUGCUGACAGUUCCUCUAGUAAAAGUCAUUGGUUGCAUAUUGUUGGCUCAUUAUCUAGUCACAGCAAGCCUGUUACUUGCUUAGAAUAUAGUGCAAAUGGAAAUUUACUGCUAGCUGGAUCAGAGGAUGGCAUGAUUCGAGUUUGGGACCCCAAAAGCCAUAAUAUUGUUCGUACCUUUAAACAUGCGAAAGGUCCUGUGAACAACAUUCAAAUUGUCAGGCGGCCACUUUAUCUGAAUCCCCGAGUGUCAUCAAAUGUGCAAUCUUCCUCAAGAAGGCAUGGAUCAUUAUUGCCACCAGCAUUGGAUAAAUACGUGAAUACAACAGACAAAAACACAGGAAUUAAUGCAGUUAUUAGGCCUCAGUCUACUUACGAUAGUCCUCUGGAUGCUUCAUACCUCAGCUGUCAAGUGAUUGAUAGUCAAAUCCAAGAGCUUAAGCAACAAGGUUCCGCUGCUGCAGCUGAAAUGGAGGUGGAGAGACUAAAGCUAGAUUGCAUGCAGUAUAUGCAAAUGCUUCAGAAGUGGAAGAAAAUGUAUGACAACUUGCAUGAAUUGUGUGUGAAUGAAAUAUUGGAAGGAGACAAAUGAGGGAAACACCGAUUAAAACAUAACCUCAACGCUGCGGCUUUCCUGUUCUACUUUGCCGAGCAGUGUUAGAAAUUUUGGAUAUAUAUUUAUUGUCAAUACGAUGAGAAAGUUGAGCUUUUUCAUUUCCUAAUCAAGCUGGUUUGGAAAAUUCUCAUUUCUGGUUAGUUGGAAAUGCAGCAUGUUUUGGUGAGGCAUUAUGCUACCAACUUCAAUAUUUAUGAUCAGAAUCUAUUCCACUCA